UGCAGGCUGCAGAAAGUAAAACAGGUCGGCGCUACCUGCUCGGCUCUUAACUGAAACCCGAUCUUCCGCACCUGCUAGACUUGCUUACAGGCAACAAGAGGUGCAGUAAUGUCAGCGACGGGAUCGCACUCUGUGACGCCUGCAGCACCUUCCCUUUCUUUACAAGCUGCCAAAGCCUUCCACCUGGGCGGACGUCAGUGAUUUCUCCAAGUACAGUCAACAGACAACGCAUUUCGAUGCAUCGUAAUGUUCGGUGCGACUGUUUCCAAUAAGUACUCGCCGUCAAGAUACCUUCCGAUCAUCUCGCCCUCAGCGCCAGUGGGGAAUCGCUGGAGGAAAACCACUCGAACAUGUAUCCUCCUUCAAGCGGCAAGGUACGCCAUCCAAAAGUUAAGGGGCUAAAAGCAAUAAAAAAACAUUCAUCUCCACCGAGCCGCAGCCUGGAAGACUUCUUGGCUGCGCAAAACGUUGCGCCGCAGAAACCCGCGGAGAACGAAGCGGCGGCCCCUCGCAAAGGAAAGAGGGGUUACCGCCCCCCAGAUGUCAGGACGAUAUUUGAAUCUUCCAAAAAAGACCCACGGGUGAAAGAAGAAAAGGGAGAAGGACACACUUUCUGCGCAGAUGAAUGUGGUGCCUGGUGCGAUGUCUGUUGCGACAUUAUCAUUCAGGAUCGUCUUACGUGUGUAGGCUGCAAGUACACUUGCCACACGCACUGCCGUGACCGGGUGUCCUUGGAUUGCCACCAGAACGGACAGGCCACCGACGCCCCUCUCAGCUCCGGUGUCCCCGACCAUCUCAACAACAAUGUCCAGUUGCCCGAUGUUGAGAAGGAGAGGGAGCUGCGUACUCGGUUCAGCAAGGAGGAGAUUGGAAGGAAAAUUGAGCAGUACAACUUCUCAGUGAAAGACCAUCUCAAAAUGACCCUGAAUUCAAAUGGUGUGUACACUGGAUUCAUCAAGGUCCAGCUGGAGCUGAGGAGGCCCAUUACUGUGCGUGGUGGUAAAGGCGCCGGGCCUGGUAGGGGCCCCGAGCAAGAAGAGGCCUUCUAUCUGCCCAGAGGCGUGGUAAACACGCUCCACAUCAGCAGCGUGAACACAGCACAUGAAGUCAUCAGGGCCCUGCUGCAUAAAUUCACGGUGGCUGAUAAUCCAGCCAAGUUCGCCCUGUUCAAGCGCUGUCGCCGUGAGGACCAAGUAUACGUGUGCAAGCUGGCAGAGGAAGAGCACCCCCUUUUCCUUCGCUUAGUGGCAGGACCCAACAUGGAUGCACUGAGCUUUGUCCUGCGGGAGCAGCCCACCGGCGAGGUUAUUUGGGAUGCCUUCUCUAUCCCGGAGCUGCACAACUUCCUGCGCAUCCUGGACAAGGAGGAGGAGGAGCAGCUCCAGCUGCUCACCAGGCGCUAUGUCACCUACAGGCAGAAGCUGGAGGAAGCUCUGAGGGCAGCAGGGAACCCUGGGUAGACUGGCCCUCCCAGUGUGGGUGAAGGGGGCAGGAUGUGGCCUGACUGGACUGCAUGUGAGUCGCUGACAGGGGGCACGUGGAGCUAAGAUUUGCUGCUGCUGCUGCAUGCAGAUAUGUGUGCAACAUACAAGGUGAACACAAGAGGGCGGUGUUGUUGUGGGGCCUGGUUAAGCUAUUUGGAAGAACUGUUUUUGGAAAUCCAGUGCUUAGGGGCUUCCUACUUUAACACGGCUUGAACCUUCCCAUAGUGCACCUUGGCUGCAAAUCUCCUUUAUCCAGCCACGUCAUCUUUGUCCAUCUUUUAUGCAAUUUUGUUCUAUAAUUUUAUUUUUUUUUAAGUGAACGAUUUGAAACACUGUUCUAUUUAAUUAGUGAAGCAAUGGUUUGUAAAUAUUUUUUUAUUUAUGUGGUUGAGGCUUUAUUUGUUUUAUCUUAAACACAAGCAAUGCUUGCCAUUUAUUUUGAAAUUAUCCUUCAUCGAGGCUGACAUUGAAAAUGGGCACAAAAAAUGAAUAAACUGGUUCAGCAGCUUUGUUUAUAGUAUUGAAUCCUGGGGUUUUAGAGAAGGGGAACUGAUAGUCUGCUGCCGUCAUUCUGCCUGCAAAGAACAGAAUGUUUUGACAUGAACAAGACCCUGUUGAGAGUGGGUUCAUAUCUCCAAGGGAAAAAGUGAAACAGAGAAAAUAGGAGAGACACGUGGUUUAAGUCCACAGUUUAUUGGCCUCAGAGUUGAACUGAAAUACAGUGAUCUGACGGCAUGAUAGUGAGAGAGGAAAGAAGUAAGUAGAGAUUUGAGUGCUUAUCUUUGGAUGUCAGGCCUGAGGGUGACGGCAACUGGAAAAUGACUGGCUUGCUGAUAAAUGCUGGGAGAGAUUGAGGUGCACUGGGCCUGGGCUUAGCAGGCUGCUGUAUGAACAAAGGGGGCCAUGGUAUGUUGAUGAGUGGGUGAAGGAGGAAGUUUGGGUUGUGCAGUGGGAAAUACUGGAAGUUGAAAUUAGUCUAGCUGGUUAGUGUAUUUUGCCGGUGGUCUGGGCUCCAUCUUCUAGCACUGAAGGCCUUUCAGUGUCGUCGUUAAAGGAGCAACGAGAGUGGUCUAAGUCCAGGCACGGCCAUGACAUGGUGCUGUGAUCUGCAAGUGUGGUAGGUUUCAGUGGAAUGCACGUGAUGAUAAUGGAAGGGUCUUCUAUUGACCUAAUCUGUCUGGAGCACACCGACUGAUGCAGGUGACAGUCCUCAGAUGGACAGAGAGGUUGCCAAAACUGUACUGUUAGGAUUGGGCUUCUGAGUCCUCAUUUUGAUGGUUGUGUGGAAGUACUGGUUGGUAUACUGUUUUGAUUUAAGGUUUGUCCUGCACCUCGCUCUCUCCCUCUCUAAUUACCAAACCUUUUUACAGUAUUACAGGAAAAAUGUCUGUAUAUUCCCACCAGACCAUCAUUACAUCAGGAAGACUGCAGUGCUUCGAUAGGUUUGAUAAUGAUUAGAUUACUACACUGGAACCAGAAAAAUUGCACUUUGGAUUUGACAAUCACACCAACUAAAAUAAAGUGUUUUGUUCCAUUUAUUAUAUGUGCGAGUUGCAAAAUACAAAAAAAACACAUGAUCACAUUAAAAUUAAAUAAAUGUGUGCCCGUGUGUUCAUCACUUUAUAGCUUUGUACCACAUGAUGAUUUUCUGAUUGGUACUGCAUUGCUAUGUAAACCUUUAGGCAGUGACUGCUUAACUACUUUGUGUGUGUUGUGGACAUCUAGUGGAUACCUGUUGUAACUGCAUUUUCAGGCUUCAGUCCUCUGUUUUCAGCUGGGCAGAGCUAGUAGAGGUCCAUAAACAUGCAAUGUUUCCCUUCUGUUUUUUUUUUUGUAGAAUAACACAUAAUACAACCAUGUACUGUAAAAUGACUAAUUUACAAUGGUAUGUUUUGCCUGGUGCAAGCAGUUAUAGGCUUUACUAAAUUGGAUUGAGACACUCAAGCCGGCCUCCUGUGAUAUUUUUCCCAUUAUACCAAAUAAUUUUAAUUAGAAUUGUAGGUAGUAAUAUAUGUAAUAUGUUUGAUGGGAUUAUAGUCUGAAUUUUAUAAUCUAUAAUUUAUUUUAAUUAUCACAUUAAGCCCUACUAAGAAUCCACUGAUUUUCUGCAAAAACAGGUUGUAGUUAAAAAAACCACUGCACUUGCUGUACAGUCAGUGCAGUGUGCAGCUUUGGAGUAAAUGGGCUAUUUUAAUAUAGAAAAAAGGCUUGUACUUGGGCACUUUACCUCUGUUCAGGGAAUGUUAUAUACAGCGUAAUCCAUGUUGGUGGUAAAUUUACACUGUCGCUGAUCUAAAGAAGAUUUUAAGUAUAAAACUUGAUGGUUAUUUCAGCAGUUUUAGUUUAGGCAAGUAAAAAAUAUACUGUGAAAGUUACUGUCAUUAAGGACAGUGGGUAUCACUAUGGUUGCAAAAUAGUCUAGCCGUAAGCAUACCAUUGAAGAAACAAUGUACGCUGCAUGCAUUAUGUUUACCAAUGCGUAUCCUGUAGGGCUAAUUAGCAACUCCUAGGCCAGUAUUGUCCAGAUUAAAUUAAUAUACAGAGUUUGUUUUGACGCUUGGUUUGCCAAAAUUCUGCAGAUCUCAUGCUGUGCACUACGGCUGAUUGAAGGUAGGCCAGUGAGUUUCUCAUUAGUCCCACACUGAGUGAGGAGGUCACCGUUUUCUCGUUCUGUUCUUGCUAUUGGCCUUUGUCCUGGGUGUUCCUUUGAGUGGACGGCGUGUUUGUGUCUUAGGUCCACCUGCUGGUGCAAGGUCGAGUGGACCUUCCUCCACAAGCAGAAACCAAAAUCUGAGAGUAGAUUAUGCUGUUCUAUUUAUAUGGAUGCAGAUUUAUUUUUCUAGGUAACUGAUGAUUUUGUUACCAAAUGUGGCUUUUUUGUGAAAAGUCCUGGAUUCCUCUAAUAAAGUCAAUUUAAAAGUC